AUGGCACGCGUUGGAGGAUGCCUUUGCGUGCUGCUACCGUUAUUGGUGAGCUCGUCUCAUCACAUGGGCCAUUUGCAGCACCAGACUCAUGGUUCACACAAGCGACAUCACCACCAACACAAGGACCAACAGUCCCAAAUUGAGCAUUUGCGAAAGACCAUUGUGAAGGAUGAAAUUGCAAAAACAAAGUUUGAGCUCCAAGAAACUCGGGAUCACGAAGCCGUGCGAGUGAUGGAAGCAGAAGCUGGACGAGUCGGACGGGAUUAUGGGAUGCUAUUGGCAUGGCAAAGGCAUGCACACAAAGCAAAGCCUGACGCUGUUUCGGCAAAAGAUGCUGACAAGGCCGCCGAAGCCAACCUGGGCGAACUCAAGAUGCAGAUGAAACAGCUCCAAGACGGCCUGGAGUAUGCGAAGACGUAUGUCAGCGAUGCGGAGGCAGCAAUGGAGAACCUUAAAGCGAAGAUUGCCAAUUCUUCAUUGCCAGAGGAGAUCAAGGAGGCCAAGUACAAAUAUGAAGAACUCCAGAAGCAUGCAACGAAGGCAACGACGAAGGAGAACGCUGCAUGGAAAACCACCAUGAAGCGAGAGGUUCAGCUCGGGGAAGCCAAGGAGCAGUACAACAAAGAUUUGAAGCAGUUGGCAGCAGAAGAAACGCAAGUGCGCGGUGCGGCCAACAAGGUGCGGCGAUGUUGA